GCCACAGCGCAGAAGCCUCUGCGCGCGGGAACCAGAGCAGGAAGGAGCCAGAGCGGGAAUCCGAGCUGAAGCCCGCGCGCACCAGGAGCCAAGGAAGCAGCCGAGCGAGUGAAGAGUCAGAGCUGUGUGGGCGGAUUCUUUCACCCUUCUGCUCCAAGAUGGCUUUCAGAGAAUUCUGCCCCAGCUGGCACGGCAACCAUACCCACCAUUUCUACGCUGAACUAGAGAACUUCGGGAAGGGAAAUGUGUAUUCGUCUUCUAUAAUGUUGGUAUGUGUAGUCUUAGGCCUGGUCAUCACCAUCUCUGGCGUCACCAUCAUCCUAGCCAAGAAGGCCUGGCGGCUCCAGCCCCGCCAGCCCCGCUAUCGCUACUGCCGCCGCCGCUACCGUGGAGACGCCGAGGCUGACCAAGACUCCCAGGAGCACUCCUUCUGCCGCCGUGGGAUACACUGCGCCUGCAGCCUCAGGGGCUACCGGUUCAGUUCUCUGCACCGGCUGCACAUAGACGCUCCACCAAGCUACGAAGAGUGCAUGGGGCCAGGGGCCACCCAGCUGUACCCCCCCACGGAGGCGCCACCACCCUACUCACUGAUAGACCCCGACAGCGGCCACAGCUCCGGCGGACCCCAGCAGGCGCACAGUGACCUCUUCACCGUCUCCAUGGAUGCCCUGCCCCCUUACGAGGCUGUGUGUGGGCCCUGCCCUCCACCGAGCCUGCUGCCACUGCCAGGCUCAGAACCAGAGCCCAGCAGCCCCCAGGGCCCACCGAGCCCAAAAGGAAGCCUGGCUUCCAGCCCAGAGAUGAUUGUGUGAAUGCCAGCAGGCCACGUCCUGCCGGUCCCUAGGGGCUGAGAAAGACCUUUCGGGAACACAGGGAGCGCGUGCACGCACACAUAUACACACACACAGACACAAACUCAUGCACACACAGAGACACACACAUACACAUACAUGCAAACUAAUGCACACAGACACAUAUGCACACAAACUGAUGCACACACACACGCAACACAAACUCUUACGCACACACAGCACUCCUACAUGCACACAUAUAAUACAACUUACACACACACAGACAUAUACACAGUGACAUGCCCAUGUGUACAUACACAUCCAAACAUGCCCCACACGUGUGAAGACACAUACACAGACGCCCCCCUCACAUGCACCAUGCAAAAUCAUCUGUGAAGGUUGCAUUCAAAAGGAAGCUCUCCCUACCUCCCGUCCCUCCCCAGCCUGCCGGUGAUGACUUAGAGACAGCACUGGGCAGAGAGGUGCAGAGGGGACUAAGGCUUGCUCUCGCCUCUCCCGGGCCUGUUUGCCCCUGCCCUCACCUGGCAGGCGGUGCCAAACUGUGAUUCUGUCUCGAGAAACAGCCUGACCAUUGCAGGUCAGCUGUCUGCCCCCACCCCCUCCAAGGGCAGCCUGUCUCCUGGUUGGUGGACAGGUCUCAGUGUGACUCAGCUACACACUGAACCUCUCUGCCAAGUCCAGGGCAACAAAACCACAUCACCACCCUGCCGCUUACGGGGUGCGGACACGGGCCUGAGGGGCUGGGGCACAACCUGGAGGCCCUUACAGCCCUCUCUGCCCUCACCCUUCCCAGAGUGCCCUCAGCCUGGCCCUGCCAGCCGAGUUAAUCUCCGAAGCCCCACCCUGAACCACAGGGAUGAACAGGGCUCCUGGUGGGUGUGCCAUAGUGGUGAGGGUCACAGCUGUGCCCCUAUCAGUCCAGCCACUUCCCAGGACUGAGCAUCUUCAGAACAUAAGGGCUCUGAGCCGCAGGAGCGGCCCCUCACUUAAGUAUGGGCCCAAGCCAGGCCCCAGGAGCCGACACUGUCCUCUGGCGGCUGCCCCUUUGGGAAUUGAGCUGCCAUGCUCUGGCCUCGCCCUCUGGGGAGUUUGCAGAGACAAUAUAAGGCAAUGUGAGCCCCAUCGUGCCGCUGCUAGGACCAGCGGUUGCCUCUCAGCCUUGAUGCCGGGCACCACGGAAGGGCGUGCGUGGGUUGCCUGGUGGUAGAGAGGCCCCAAUCUUGGCCCAUGAAACCCAGCAGUUUCCAACAGAGGCCAUGCAGGUCACACAGCUGACUCCUGAACGCCCUGCCUGCCAGAGGGGGCACCUGGGAAUCCCUGAGGAGGGACCCACCAGCAUCACCAGUGGCAGGGAGCAGAGACCUCAAGUCCACUCUGCCUCCCUCGCCCGUCCUUAAACACCCUCUUUCCUCUCCUCCCCCUCCCCACAAAGGGCUAAAACAAUUCACCCCUUUCUUAAGAAGGGGGUAGCAAGAAUGGCAAUUGUGAAUUUUAUUUUGUAUAGAACUAGUAUUUUUGUCGGUGCAGGACUGAAAGGAAUCCGGUCAAAGGUUCGGCAGCACCUGGAGCUUCUGGCUCCACGUGGAGUAGGGACCUUGUUUACAAGCAGUUCUGUCACCUUGUGGUUUACUUGUACUGUUUUUCAAGCAAAAAAUAUUUGUCUGUUGUACUGUAUUGCUUUAAAUACACUCCAGGGGUGAAACCCAUCCUGCUUCUGCAACCCUUAAGACUGCUGUAAGGGGGCCGGGGCACCCCUAUGUACUCAUCAGUGUGGGAAAGUGAACAGCUUUUCUUGCUCCUGGAUUAAGCGCUAUUUAAGCAACUGUGGAUGUUUUCUGUGUUCAAAAUAAA